UUGUCAACUCGAACCACUUAAAAACUCAUUAAAUUCGUAUUCAUCAUACAGUAUUGAGCAGACAAUAGUUAUAACCGAAGUAAGCAACAGAAUAUAAACAUCAAAUUACACAAACUUGAUCAAGUUUUUGCAUCAAAAAUAGAAUUUUGAAGUGUUUCGUUAAUGGUGACUCCUCGCAGAAAGGAGAGACCUGCAUUUGCCAUUCCAACAUGGCUAUCCCUGCUGAUGAUAGCAUUCGCCCCCGGAUCGGUGCACAGUGCUAUAACAGUGAGCAAUGCACCCUAUACUAUUUCUGAGAACGCGAAUAUGAACGCAGAAGUGGCCCAGAGUAAUAUCGACAUCAAUGUGUGCACGGGCGUGGGCAUCGACUGCACCGCAACUCUCCCCAGAGUCAAGAUUCUCAACCCCCCUGCAGCCGAGAACCCUUUCGGAAUUUCCGACAAUGGACGGUUGUAUGUGGCCAACCCUGACAUGUUGGACUUUGAGGACAGUGGACGCAACACAUUCCUGGUCAGCAUCGCCGUCACCUAUGGCAAUGACGUAGCAAGGGCUUCUGACCAGUUCAGAUCUUUCACUGUCAAUGUGGUGAACUUCAAUGAGCCGCCAGAAUGGAUCGACAGUCCAACAGCCAUAAGUGUACAAGAACAAACAGCUACCCUUGCGGCAAUGGCCAAUUUCAUCUUCUUGGACCCUGAAACUGACGCCAUGACGUGCACUCUCGGAGGUGCAGCAUGCACUGCAAAGUUCACGCUCACGGCAACUGCUGGCAGAUCGUGCGUGUUAGCCACUUCAGGUGUACAAACAUUCGACUACGAAACCACUACUACAUACACAUGCACAGUAAAGGUUUGUGAGACGGCCAAUCCAGUUACCAAGUGCUCAUCUACGAACGAUUUCUUUGUCGAAGUGCUUGACGUCGACGAAGAGCCCCCGCAUCCGAAUGCGAACGAAACAUUCGCUACCGUCGUGGCGGCCGACGCCGGCACCGGAAUUGCUCUGGCACCUGUCAUAACUUACACGGACGCGGACUCGGAACAUUUUUACUUCACCAUCGAAGACUCAACUCAUCCAAAUGCUACAGCGGGUGACGUGGACAAUUUUAUCGUGGAUGCCACAACAGGUGUGAUCAGAUUCAAAGAGGAUGCCACCCCUGCUAAAGUGUACCACGUGGAUCUAUAUGCUACAGACUACAACGGAAAUAAGACACCCUACCCUGUCGUGUGCGAAAUUACAGUGACCGUGUCUAACAACUUACCCCCCGCCUGCGCGAAGGAUUGGGUAUUACUGAAAAUGACUGACGAAAUUACCCAACUGACUGUUAAUCUGAAAACCGGUGUCACUGGGCCCCAAUGCGCUGAUCCAGAGGGGGGUGCUCUCUCCUUCACGGCUGAAACCACGAGUGGUGAAAUCGGAGGCGUCACUUACACUCUUUCGGCAGCGGGAGUCUUCAGUACUACAAUGGACCGUGAGACUCUGAACCAAUAUGAGCUAGUGGUGUACGUCAAAGACGCCGGAGUUCCAAUCCUAACCACCACUAUCACCCUUGCAGUCGUAGCUCCCCCCAGGGACGACAACGUGCCCGUUCUGACAGACGGCGUGACCAGGGUGGACGUCGAGGAGGGUCUACCCGCAGGAACUCAGGUGAUCGGACCCCGCACCUGGUCAGACGUCGACGCCUCCGAGGCACAUUCUGAAGUCUUCUUCGGAGCCGGAACAUUCACAGGUGACUGCCCCAGUGAAACCUUGUUCCAAGUUGACCCGGAAGACGGUGCCUUGUACCUGGUGAAAAGUUUCGAUUUCAACGCCAACUAUGUCAACCACUACCUGGAGAGGAGUUGUGUCUACACCCCCAAAGUUUGUGUUCCUGCCGGAUGUCAAGAUGCCGCGCUGACAACUACGAUUAGACUCCAGAACGUCAACGACCACGCACCUGUCAUAAACAGUCUGGACAAAACAGUCACCAUAGACGAAGAUGAGACCGUAGGUACUGGGAUAUACACGAUAACAGUGAGAGACUAUGAUGUCUCUUCCUUCACCUACCAGAUUUCAGGAGACGCUCUCGCUAAAGAAUACUUCCAACUCAGUAGCAUCUACUUCAAUGACACCUCCAGUCUGGAGGUGCUGAAGGUUCCCAAUUUGGACAACGGGGGUCCGAACUUCUUCGACAUCACUCUUUUCGCCAGGGACUACGAGAACUCACCCGGUGAUCUCGUACACGUCUACGUCAAUGUCGACCCAGUCGAAGAGUUCGACCCCGAAUUCGACAAGAACUCUUACACUGCUCAGCUGGUGGAGAAUGCGAACCAGGUGGGAUCGAGCGUGGCCUCCCUUCAGCUCUAUGACUUCGACAUUGCACCCCAUGGGGUUGACCAGAUACAGUUCGCCAUCACAGCUGGCGAUGACGACAACAACUUCUACGUGGAGGCGGUGGGUCUGAACCCGACCCUCCACACUGUUUGGGCGGAUGUGAGGGUGAAGAAAGUGGUGGAUUUUGAGCAGACAGGAAACACCAUUGCACUCACAAUCACUGCGACUGGAAGUGGGACGGCAGCCACUGUGCCUUUGACGAUCACAGUUGAAGAUAAGCCAGACGUCUACUCACAGUGUCCCGACUUCUUUCUCGCCACUGGGGCCGCAUCUUUGAACGAGGCAUCUGCAGUUCCAGGAACUACCAACGUCGGCACUGUAAUUGUAUGUACUCCGGCUACUGGACUGACCUUCAAAUCAACUCAUCCUAAUUUUGCUUUCUCUGGAAAUCAAAUGAAGGUCGCCGCUGACGCUGUGAUAGACUACGAGACGGAGCAAAUGGCAGACUUCUACAUUGUGGUCACAGACAACGCAGGUUUCUUCGCCCACGAGAUCCCCGCCCGGGUGGAGAUAGGACCCGCCAACGAAUUCUCACCCACAUUCUACCCAUCCACUAUAGCUGACGUCACAGUCGACGAGAACUCACCUAUUGGCACUUUGGUCGCUUCUGUCGAGGUGAAAGACGAAGAUCUCUUCACUAGUCACGAGAUCGAUCCCGCCAGUCUCCAGCUAGCUAACACGUAUGGAGGUCGUUUUGCAAUCACAAAAGUCGAAAUCGUGAACGGCUACUCGAUUCAAGUCGUCGUUGCGGACGAAUUGGACGCGGAGACAUCUACUGGACCCUACUCGCUGUCUCUGGAAGCGGCAGAUGCCGACAACUCGCCCUCACUCGACUUCGAUGUGUAUGUUCGGAAUGUGGACGAGUUCGCGCCGACUUGCACCAAAACAGCGUUUUCAGUGACGCACGACGAGGACAUAGCUGCUGGUUCGGACAUCCUGUCAGACAUGGGCUGCACCGAUGCAGCGGACCAAGGGGGAUCAGUCUCCUACUCCAUCGCCUCCGACCCCUCCGGUCUCUUCGAGGUCACCACCACUGUGCCAGGGGGACGCAUCAAACUCAAAGCUGGAAAAACUCUCGAGUAUGACGUAGAAGGGGGAAAGCAGCACUUAAUUGUGGUGGACGUGAUCGACUCCUCUCUCAGAGUAGUACCAGUGUGUGUGAUAGUGAAUGUGAACCCAAUCAACUCAGCCACGCCCACUUUCGCAGAGACAAACCCAUCUGUCAAUCUAAGAGAGAGUACGAAGGCCGGAACCUGCUUCUAUCAGUUCACAGUUUCGGAUUCCGACUGGAAGGAACACACACAUGGACAAUUCACCUUCAACACAAUCUCCGCCUCUACUUCGUUCCUGGUGGACAAAUAUUCUGGGAAAGUGUGUCUUGUGAAGCCAGUGGAUUACGAGAGCGGAACCAUUUCAUACGCCAUACAGGUGACGGCUCAGAAUGCGGACGGAACGACCUCCGCUACCAACACACUCACAGUCGGUAUCACAAAUGACAACGACGAAGAACCGGAAUGCAAUCAUUACGUUAGAGGUACCCAGACAGAGGGUACGGCUGCCAACACAAAUAUAGUGACAUUGGGCUGCAACGACGACGACGGAGACGGAGCGACUCUUGCAUAUGUGAGCAGUGACUCACAUUUUACCAUCACAGCCGCUGGAAUGGUGCAAAACGCAAUGGUGUUGUCAAAUGCAGCCAAGAGUGUUCACACGUUCUACGUGACAGUGACCGAUAGCAGUGGGGCUUCCGUAGAGGGGGCCCCCCACACCAUUACCGUCCCGGUGACCGUGCAGGUUGCCUCUGCCGACGGGGGAGCACCAGUCUGCGUCACAUCCGCCACUUCCGUGACCACGACCUCCACUUACUCCGCGAGUGUGAAUGAGAAUGCACCCAUGGGCACAGAGGUCAUCCAAGUGCAUGGGAAGGACUUGAAUGACCUUGAGAGUUCAGAUGGGAUCCCACUCACAGCUACUGACACUUACUCAUUCAGAACUGGAGACGCAGAGGCCGAUUUCUUCUCCAUUGAUCCAGCCACUGGUGUGAUGUACGUGGCCGCCCCCAUUGACCUUGAGUCAGCAAGUGUGACCUCUCCUCUGGUAGUGGAUGUGGUCGUGACAGACGGAGCUGCCAACACUGUCACCUGUGCCGUGUCAGUUGCAGUGGAAGACGUUAACGAUCACUGUCCUGUAUUUGCACAGAAAUCAUACCAGACUUCGGUGGACGAGGAGACGACAACUCUGACGCUAGUUGUGUCGGCUUCGGAUGCCGACGAUUCAGCACCUGCUAACACAGUGACAUAUGCCAUCACUUCCUCAACCGCUACAUCUGGCCUGUUCACAAUCGGGUCUUCCUCGGGGGCGCUGUCAAUCACAUCUGCACCUAACUUUGACAUCCUGCAAGUGCCCUAUUACCUGUUGGAGGUCACUGCCUCGGACAACGGUGGGCUGGCCGGGUUCUGCCAAUCAACUGUGACAGUUGGCGUCACUGUCAAUAAUAAAAACGACAAUGCGCCAGUGCUCAACGCUGCUACGUACACUGCGACAGUUGCCGAAAAUGCGCCAAUUGGAACAGUUAUUCUGGACACCAUAACAGCCUCAGACAUAGACUUGGGCACAGACGGCGAAUUCUACUUCGAUAUCAACCCUGCCAACUCCAAGUUCUCAAUUGACCGACUCACUGGUGUUGUACACUUAGCCGAACGGUUAGAUGUCGAUCCCAAUAAUCCGACGAGUACGAUUACAAUAACGGUCGGAGCGUACGACAACGGGACCCCGCAGCUAUCCGACACCGCGACACUUACAAUAACAGUCGAGGACUCGAACGACAAUGCUCCCCUUUGCGUGUCAUACGAGCUGUCGGAUUCGUUUCUCGAAAGCACAACACUGCCUCAUACGACAUCUGCGACACUGUCAUGCAGUGAUACGAAGGACAGCUCGGCGACUUUGACAUACGAGAUUUUGUCGGUCAAUGGAAUCGUCUACGAAGAGUUUACGACGCAAAGUUCAACUAAUUUCUCGAUUUCAGGAUCGGACGAGUUAGUCGUGGGUGGCUCCCUUGAUUAUGAAACCGAAGAUAGUUUUAUAGUUGCAAUUGGAGUUUUGGAUACUUUCGCUGGAGACGUUCUAACUGUUACAGUUUCGGCUAAGAUAACACUUACAAAGGAUUUUGCAACAGAGCCAACAUUUCUACUUGCAAGUGGCGCUUACGCUGUUGCGGUCAGCGAGUCGACGGCAGUCGAAACCGAAAUUCUUGAUUUGCAAUCCGCGAUGGAACUGGAAGGUUACAAAGUAAUAUACGUCAAAACAUCAACGACAGAAUCAAAAUUUGCAGUCAAUCCUAAUAAUGGCAAGGUUUUUGUAACCGAUUCUCUGGACCGAGAAACUGACGAUUCUUAUACGCUAAACAUCGAUUUGAUUCUAAACUCAACCCAUGCCAGAACCGGAAUCACUGGCCGAGCAACUGCUGUUGUCACAAUUACUAUUACCGAUGAAAAUGACAACCCUCCGACCUUUAACCCAAAACGAUACACUACCAAGAUCCCCGAGACGGCAUCGGCUGGAACUGUCGUGACUGCUCUGUCAGUUACCGACGCAGACCAAGGUCCAAAUAAGGAAAUAGCGUCCAUGACUAUAACGUCCGGGGACCCUUCUGGACUCUUUGCAGUGUCGCAAGAUUUCAAUAUUGAGUUGAUCGGGAGUUUGGACUAUGAUUCGAGCCCCUUGCUCAACUACACGUUAAUAGUCGAGGCGACGGAUGGUGGUGAUUCGGCGCUAAUCGGAACGGCGACUGUUUAUGUCGAAGUUAUUCCAGUGAAUGAAGCAGCGCCUCAGUUUUCGAUGACGUCAUAUUCCUUCACGAUGAGCGAAGAUGAAGAGGUUGGGUAUUUCGUUGGAGCGGUCGUGGCUACGGACUCGGAUCGUCCCCGCACAACGGACGGAAAGUUUUCUUACGUCAUCGUGAGUCCAGCUGGAGGUGCUGGUUUCUGGUUGGACCCUGAGAACGGAACUUUGAUUCUGCACCAGACAUUGGACUACGAAACACCGACAAGCGAAGUUGUUCUCAUUGUUGAGGCGCGUGACUUUGGCUACGACGCCGCUUAUGUGAGCAGUCCUCUAACAGGCACUGCCAGUGUGACAGUGUCCCUCUCAGAUGCAAAUGACAACUCCCCCGACUGUGGAACCAACAUCCUAUUUAAAACUUCAGUUCAAGAAACGUCAACAGGCCCUGCUUCCGACCUCGACGUCUUCGACCUUGGAAUCCUCUGUUCCGACGCAGACAUCACCACCGCCUUCCGAACUCUCUCCUACUCCAUCGGAAGUUACGACCCUCCAAGCAUGACUCAGCUGAUGAUAACCAAUGAGGGCAUGGUCUAUCUGCCCCAAAACCAGCCAAUCAGCUUCGAGCAGCAUGAGAAUGUGACUCUAAAUGUGGUAGUGACGGACAACGGGGGCACUUGUGGGGGAGGGGCGUGUAAUCAGUUGAAUGUUGAAGUAUUCGUCCAGAUCGUGAAUGUGAACCAGUUUGCCCCUGUGCUCACACAGCCCUCCUCCCCCCACACUGUGAGUGAGGGGGACCCAAUUGGCACCAACAUCGUCCUAGUCAGUGCAUCAGACGCAGACAAUGGAAUUGACGGUGAGUUUGAGUUCUUCAUCCAGUCUGGCAACACACACGGGGACUUCGAGUUGGGCUACACUGUGAGUGACUCAACAGUCAAUGUAACGACUGCACGCACUCUGGACCGAGAAAGAACUGCCAGUUAUGGACUGGUCAUAAUAGCCACAGACAAGGGCACACCUCCGAAAACAGGAACAAUCACGGUUACCAUCAACGUCCAAGAUGUCAAUGAACCUCCUGUCUGCAUCACGAGGAACUAUCACGUUACUCUGUACGAAGAGGAUUCCUCGCUGACCGGCAAUUUCUUGGAACUGCAGUGCUUCGACUCCGACUCCACGACCAGCGGACUGAAUUACGCGGCUGUGAGGUAUGUCAUCAAUGAAGAGAUUCAGUACCCCGCGGGAACCUCAAAAACAAGUGACUUCACUUUUGAAGUCGACACUGGCUUAGCUUUGAAGAACCGACUUCGAAUUCGGACAACGAAACUUCCUCUGGAUUACGAAACGGUCACGCAUUACACUUUGAAAAUGGAUGCCUAUGACAAUCUAGGCGUUAAUCCUAGCAACGUGGUCAAUAUUUCGGUUUUCAUAACUGUACACAAUAUAAACGACAACCUGCCUGUUUUCGACCCGAUUACAAACUGUUCCAUUUCCGAGAACCACGCAGUAGGUUUGCUGUCACCGGCUUGUGCGAUUACAGCUCAGGACGCAGACCGGGCUCCAUACUCGUCUGUAACUUACAGAAUAACAGACGACUCGAGUUCGGGUAAGUUUGCGAUCAACUCGACUACUGGGGAUAUUUAUCUGAAAGAAGCUAUUGACACCGAUUUGUAUACACUGUCGGUUUCUGGCGACAUAGUUUUCGCAUUGACAGUCGAAGCGUGUGACUGCGACUCGAACUCGACGACUCGUCAUUGUAUUUCGGAUGUGAUUUACAUUUCGGUGUCGGACGUUGUGGAUUCGGAUCCCGAGUGCUACCCGAAGUACUACGAGAUCACACUUGAUGAUGGCGACGUGUCGUUUUUCACUACUGACGGGACGUUUUAUUUCCAGCAGACGAUAGCUUGUUCUGAUACCGAUUUUGGGGAUACUUUAACUUAUGCAGAAACAGUGUCAACAGGAAAUGCAGCUGAUUGGAACAUGACAGGCAACAAACUGAGUCUUCUCAAUGUGCCCGACUUCGACGUCGGCUCUCAGGAGUACGAGAUCGAAAUAGUCGUUUCCGACUCGACUUCCGUCACCGCUACUGUCUCGGUGUUCGUUCACGUCAACCCCGUGAACGAAUUCGACCCCACUCUAGCAGCUGCCUCGCCCACCUCGUGUACUGUGAGUGAGUGUGGAUCUGUGCCGACGACAUGUAUGACCAUGUCUUUCGAGGACUCGGACAACAGUGCACAUAUCCACGGACAAGUAUCUGCUUCAAUAACAAGUGGCAACAGUGACAGCAUCUUCCAGUUGAACUAUGAUUGGACGACAAACACGGCAGUAUUGAGACAGAAUGGACCAGUGGAUAGGGAGACGGACUCUUUUUACAACAUGACAGUUCUCAUCCAAGACAGUGACUCAUACUUUAAUGACUCCAAGUCCACUGUGGAAUACAUACAGGUGUAUGUGACGGGCUGUAAUGAUAACUACCCAAUAUUCAAUCCACAAGUAUACGCUGUAGAGGUGGCCGACACUAUUCUCGACUCACAGGUGAUAGUGACAGUCUCUGCCUCAGAUGCAGAUGUCGGGGGAGUGGGUGACACGAUCACUUACAGCUAUGACUCAUCCGAUACCCCCACAAACUCACACUUCACCUCUCUGUUUGAACUCACCAACUCCAACACCGAAAUAUCUCUUCAGGCUGGACAGACACUAACUGCUGGAGACUUUUACGUGCUGAAGAUGCUAGCAACAGACAACGGCUCCCCACCUAAAGAGACACACGCCUCGGUUUCUAUUCACGUGUCGGAUGCAUCGAACUCGGCUCCAACUCUAGCAGCCCCGUCGACCUUCGCAAUCAACGAGACAGACGUGGUCGGCACUCUCGUCGGUUCAUACCCGGCGACUGAUGCCGACUCGGAUCAGAUCCAUUAUUCUAUUUUGAGUGUGACUUAUACCCCCGCGGCGAAAGUCCCUCCGGUUCAGCCGGUGUUCUGGAUACAUCCAACGUCAGGGGACAUCUACACAGCUGCGCCUCUGGACUACGAAUGGAACACUCAGUUUGUAAUCAUGGUCGAGGCUAUGGACGCCUUCAAUGUCACGGUGUCCAACAGUGUGACAGUGAAUGUGUUGGACAUUAAUGACAAUGUGGUUAACUGCACGAGGGGAAGCAAGAAUGCAGUCAUCCAGAUCCCAUGGUCGGAACUUUCUGCUGUCGGCUCAACUUACGAUCUUAACACCCAGGUGGAAGACAUUGAUGACCCCAGUGCGACAUUUGUGUUCACCACUCUAGCAGGAACAGACGACUAUGACGCCCUCAAUCCAGACUUCGAAAUGAGCUCCGCAGGUGUGAUUUCGACACUUCACACUCUUGACUUCGAGAGACAGAGCAAAUAUGUGUGGACAGUUGAGAUCACAGAUGGAGACACUAACCCAAGUGAACUGACUACCACUUGUGUCGUCCAGAUAGACUUGAUAGACGAGAACGAAUUCGGACCGCACUUCGAGCCGGAGAUUAUGUUCGUCUCGGUCAUGGAAAACAACACUUUCCCAAUCGAGGUGCUUGAGCUGUCAAUCGUAGAUCGUGAUGGGUCGUCUGCCCAGAACACUUUGUUCAGUUCGCCUCUGAUUACAAGUGGGGACCCUCUUAGUUCUUUCUUGGUACAGCCCAAUGCAGGGGGAGUUGAAAGUUUGGUUGUACAGACUACCCUAGAUAGAGAUACGGGAGUUGACAAGUACAAACUGUUGAUUGAAGCAAAAGACACUGGCACGCCCCCCUUGACCAGUACCGGCACAGUGUUCGUUACUGUGGAAGACGUCAACGACAACCCCCCUGUGUGGAACACCAGUCCAAUCCCCCUCACUAUACCAGAGUGUGUGGGCAUCAAUCAGCCCAUACCUGCUGCCGAUCUGUCAGCGUUUGUGGAUGACCUUGACGUGGGCAACAACAGUGUGAUCUACUUCAGACUGGUGGGCGGGGCUGUGGUUGUCUACUGGAAUGUAGACCAGACCACUGGGGCUCUCACUGCCACCCGGAGUCUGGACAAAGAGGGAUCGCCCAAAACAUGGGCACUCACAGUCGAAGCUUAUGACCCAUUCGAAGCAUCGCACGUGGCCUCUGUGGUGGUUAACAUUGACCUGUCCGACUGCAAUGACUUCGCUCCCAACCCCCUUCUAUCAACUUAUAGAUACCAGAUAGACGCCGAAGUCGCCGCAAACUCAGUUGUCAACCCAAUCAACCCCUCCAACGACAUUUCCUCCAUCAACGACUAUGACUAUGACCCAGUGAAUCGUGACCUUGAGUGGACUAUAGAUGGAGGCGUGGGCAACGACACUCUAUACUUCUACAUCAACAACCAAACAGGCGUCAUCUACACGAAGACGAGCGGCGCUCUUGAGACUAACAACAAAGAUAACUACACGCUCUUUGUCCGUGUGAACGACGGAGUGUUCAACCAAACAUUCAAUGUCAGCAUCGAAGUCCUAUUCACAGCCAAUGACCACUCGCCUGUUUUCAACCCAAAUCAGUACUCAGUAUCACUAAUCGACAGCAAGAAAAAAGGAGAAGUGGUGUUGACUCUGAGCGCCACUGACGCUGACGUGAGGCCGACUCUGACGUACUCUAUCCUCGCUGUCGCCACUGGGUCUCCCAUAUCCAGCCACACUCAGGCAGACGACCUCUUCAUCAUCCAGGCCGGAUCCAGGGUCCUAGAGGUGCGAGACGACAUUUCGUACGACAGCACGAGUCCGAAUCCAUUUGAGUUCUUCGUGGAAGUUUCCGACGGACUUACUACUGACACGGCAACAGUCACUAUUACAGUGUACAGUUCGACGAACAACCCCUUCUUCCAGUACACAUACAAUGGAGAAGACAAUCUAUACGCUUUCACUUACAUCACCCAAUUCGAGGAGAACUCGAACAGUCAGUUUGUGGGUCGAGUGCGUGCAUUUGACGUGAACGAUACUCGAGGUAGCACUGUGUCCUUCAGUCUGGAAGAAACCGUCUACUGUGACAAAUUUGGAAUCGACGACGACGGUUUCGUGUAUGUGAAGAACACGGAAACACCGGAGGAUUUCAAGACGUACUGGUGUUUUGUCACUGGAUUCCUCGACCUGGACCCCACAAUCAACAACCAGGCCACAGUCCGAAUAGACACCUGUCCAGCAUGGAGCUGUGCCAUACGCAUCAGGGUCGACAACCCCCCGACUUAUGAUCAAUUGACCGAUUACGACGCCAACAACGGACAACUCCUCGACAGUUUCAACACUGAUAUGACGGACAGAUUGCGGACAGUUACUGGGUUGGAGACAGCUUAUGUGCAGACAGUCUACACUCAACAGGUGUCCUCUUUCUCAGCCUCCAGCAAAAAGAAGAGGCGCAGUCGCAGUGCCCCUGAUCCCAGUGACACCUUCAUCUACAUUGUGGCCGUGAGAGACAACGGUACUAACUCUGAGGACACAGUGGGCGCCCAGACGAAUUUCAUCCCAGCCGAAGAGUUCUACACCUACCUGGACGAGCCCGGAUUCGGACAGGAUCCCUUCGGCCCUGGCGACACCUACCCGAUCAUCCCCGACUCCGCCGCGUUCCUCGCCCAGCCGGCAGCCUCAUCGGCGAAAGCGUGGGUCCAGACAGGCGCUGGCAUAGCCACAGUUGUCAUCUGCUGUAUUUUGGGUCUGGCUCUUCUGGGUGGUUUGGUUGCUCUGGGCUUGUACAUGUUUGCGAGGAAAGAGACAAUCACCAUUCCAGAAAGUGGACCAGACAUGGAGGCAAGAAAGAACUGGAAGCGUGCCAUCCGGAAGGCCAUGCUCAUGUCGCGACUCACCACCGCGAAGGCCAUUGACCCAGUAAGUGGCCGAGUGUACGUGUACAACAAACUGACCAAAGCCACCAGAUGGCUCAAGACGAAAGACGGAGGGGAAGUUCCGAGCAACACGGCUCUCAAUCCGAGUCAUAUCGACGACCCCAACCCCAUGGCCGCUGACAGUGGAGGGGAGCAAGUGGUCAGGACUGCUACGCUUGCUAAUGAGGGGGCUUCUCAAGGUGCUGCAGCGUCGGUGGGUGCAUUCCGACCGCGUAGAGCGAGACCAGCUCCAAUCGAAGAGCAGGAAGAAGAGGAGGAGUGAACUGACUCACGACUCACGGAGACUCACGACUCACGGAGACUCGCGACUCACGGGGACUCACGACUCACGGGGACUCAAGAGUACUCCACUGACUUACAAAUACAUGGAUGACUAAUCAUGCAAACAAUUGACUAAUUGACCCAUAAACAAAUAGGGCUCCGUUGACUCAUUUAUGACUCGUAUGGCUCAUAACUAGUUUAUGACUCAUAACUAGACGCAACUCCAGCUUUUUUUACUUUGAUUUGACUAUAGUUUAGUUUCGACUGAACGGAAAGACAGCUUGCUGAAUUCUACAAAACCUUGAAAAAAGCCUUGCUUGCUUAACAACAUUUGAAGAUGAGUCAUGAUCCAACGGGUACGACCAAAAAAUCACAAACUAACAUAGAUUCUGAUGAAUAUGAAACUUUACGACUCCUUGACAAGCGGUAACUUUGACAUGAAAUUUAUCAGCAUUGUUGGUGUAAAUCAGUUAAAAUUACGGAUACUAUUCACUUUAAAUAGUUUUCCAUGAUAAAAUAACCACUUCUGACUGACUGCUCGCAAAAGAAUUGAAAUAUUAACUUGCA